CCAUUUGGAGAAAGGUGCAGGGGAGACGGGGGGGCUAGAGAACAUGGUAAGUUUCCAUUUGCUCGAAUUUCAGAUCCUGAGCAGCUUUAUUCUCACCUGAGGGCGCAGUCGUGCACCCCUAGUUUGACGAUGGAAAUAUUAAUGGCAGAACUUGCCUGACCAGCGCCAGGAGAGUGUAGAGUGAGGCGUGGAAAGGACCGUGCGGCCCCUUUAAGUAUUCUCCGCCCGGGAGGAGAGGGAGGAAACUGGGAGCCGAGGGGACAGCGGGGAAAACCCACAAGCAAUUGAGCCAGAGACUGAGCAACGUGAGAGCAGAAACUUCAGACGCUGAUCCCGGCGUAGCUCGGGUGAGCCGCGGCUGCCGUCGCUCUCACCCGCUGCAGCAUCCUCCUCGCCCCUUGCCGCCGCCGCGGGGAGCCUGAGGAGCCAGGAGCCGCCGCGAGCCAGGGGUGCGGGCAGCCACCCCUAGGAAGUUUGGGCUCCUGCGUCCCAGCAGCAGAGUUUAGGGUGCUCUGCGCGCGCGCGCCCCAGAGGGCUAGGGGCCCGAGGCCAUGGUGGGCGUCGUGCGGGGCUGCAGCUGGAGGCGCCCAAAAGGCGUGCGUGUGACCGCAGACCUGCUGCUGUCCCCAGUGCCCUCCGCAUCCCCCAAGUGAUGGGAACAAGGGCCUGCCGAGGCAGCCGCUGUCGCCACACCGCCCCCUCUCUCGCACCCUGCGCUCGGAGUCACCCAGGCACAACUCGGACACCCCGCGCCCGUCCUCCGGAGCUGCUGCCUCUGCCUUGGCUGCCGUCGCCGCUGCCGCGGGUGGCCAAUUGCUGACUGGGCUCGCCUGUAGACGGAGAAGCACUUUUUGGCUCUCCCUAGUCCGUUCUCACACCCCAACUUUGCCGCCGCCGCGCCUGCCCUCGCCGUGGCGCUCGGGCGCACAGUGUGGGGGCGCACGCCGGGAGGCUCGGGAAGACGGUGGAGGCAGGAAACGGCACAACUGCUCUUCUGCUUCGACUCUUUGUUGUUGGUUUUGGAUGGUCCCUACAAGGGGCCGAGCCUCCUUGGAAACCCCGGGGCCAGAGAAGGCAAACCUUGGAAUUUUUAGUCUGCAAAGGACUCUGAGAUAUUGACAAGCGUCCGGAAGGUUCGACGAGUAAUUGCUCUGGAAACUCCUGGCGGAUGGACUCACGUUGCUUAUAUUAAGCCUUUGUGUGUAGUGUGUGUGGUGUGUGGCUUCAUAAAUUUGGGGACCCCAUUUCUACACUCUCCUCUUGGCAUGAGACUGUAUACAGGAUCCACCCGAGGACAAUGAUCGCGGAGCCUGCUCACUUUUACCUCUUUGGAUUAAUAUGUCUCUGUUCAGGCUCCCGUCUUCGUCAGGAAGAUUUUCCACCUCGUAUUGUUGAACACCCUUCAGAUUUAAUUGUCUCAAAAGGAGAACCUGCAACUUUGAACUGUAAAGCUGAAGGACGCCCCACACCCACUAUUGAAUGGUACAAAGGGGGCGAGAGAGUGGAGACAGACAAAGAUGACCCUCGUUCUCACCGAAUGUUGCUGCCAAGUGGAUCUUUAUUUUUCCUACGUAUAGUACAUGGGCGAAAAAGUAGGCCCGAUGAAGGGGUGUACGUCUGCGUGGCAAGGAAUUACCUCGGAGAGGCUGUGAGCCACAACGCGUCGCUGGAGGUAGCUAUUCUGCGGGAUGACUUCAGACAGAACCCUUCCGACGUCAUGGUGGCAGUGGGAGAGCCUGCAGUGAUGGAAUGCCAGCCUCCGCGAGGCCAUCCGGAACCCACCAUUUCAUGGAAGAAAGAUGGCUCUCCGCUGGAUGAUAAAGAUGAAAGAAUAACUAUACGAGGAGGAAAGCUCAUGAUUACUUACACCCGAAAGAGUGAUGCUGGCAAAUAUGUUUGUGUUGGUACCAACAUGGUUGGGGAACGUGAGAGUGAAGUAGCAGAGCUAACUGUUUUAGAGAGACCAUCGUUUGUGAAGAGGCCUAGUAACUUGGCAGUGACAGUGGAUGAUAGUGCGGAAUUUAAAUGUGAGGCCCGAGGAGACCCUGUGCCUACAGUAAGAUGGAGGAAAGAUGAUGGAGAGCUGCCUAAAUCCAGAUAUGAAAUUCGAGACGAUCAUACCUUGAAAAUUCGGAAGGUCGUGGCUGGUGAUAUGGGGUCAUACACUUGUGUUGCAGAAAAUAUGGUUGGAAAAGCUGAAGCCUCAGCUACUCUGACUGUACAAGUUGGGUCUGAACCUCCACAUUUUGUUGUCAAACCCCGGGAUCAGGUUGUUGCCAUGGGACGAACUGUGACUUUCCAGUGUGAAGCGACUGGAAACCCUCAACCAGCUAUUUUUUGGAGGAGAGAGGGGAGUCAGAACCUGCUUUUCUCAUAUCAGCCACCACAGUCAUCCAGCCGGUUUUCUGUGUCCCAGACUGGUGACCUCACUAUUACUAAUGUCCAGCGAUCUGAUGUUGGUUAUUAUAUCUGCCAGACCUUAAAUGUUGCUGGAAGUAUCAUCACAAAAGCAUAUUUGGAAGUUACUGACGUGAUUGCAGACCGGCCUCCCCCAGUCAUUCGACAAGGUCCUGUGAAUCAGACUGUAGCAGUGGAUGGCACUUUAGUCCUCAGCUGUGUGGCCACAGGCAGUCCAGUGCCCACGAUUCUGUGGAGAAAGGAUGGAGUCCUUGUUUCAACCCAGGAUUCUCGAAUCAAACAACUGGAGACUGGCGUGCUGCAGAUCCGAUAUGCUAAGCUGGGUGACACUGGUCGGUAUACCUGCAUUGCAUCCACCCCUAGUGGUGAAGCAACAUGGAGUGCAUACAUUGAAGUUCAAGAAUUCGGAGUUCCAGUUCAGCCUCCAAGACCCACUGACCCAAAUUUAAUCCCCAGUGCCCCCUCAAAACCUGAAGUUACAGAUGUCAGCAGAAACACAGUAACAUUGUCAUGGCAACCGAAUUUGAAUUCAGGUGCAACUCCAACAUCUUAUAUAAUAGAAGCCUUCAGCCAUGCAUCUGGUAGCAGCUGGCAGACCGUAGCAGAGAACGUGAAAACAGAAACAUUUGCCAUUAAAGGACUCAAACCUAAUGCGAUUUACCUUUUCCUUGUGAGGGCAGCUAAUGCGUAUGGAAUUAGUGAUCCAAGCCAGAUAUCAGAUCCAGUGAAAACACAAGAUGUCCCACCAACAAGUCAGGGAGUGGAUCACAAGCAGGUCCAGAGAGAGCUGGGAAAUGUUGUCCUGCACCUCCACAAUCCUACCAUUCUUUCCUCCUCUUCAAUUGAAGUGCACUGGACAGUAGACCAACAGUCUCAGUAUAUUCAAGGCUAUAAAAUCCUCUAUCGGCCAUCUGGAGCCAGCCAUGGUGAAUCGGAGUGGCUGGUUUUUGAUGUGAGGACCCCAACCAAAAAUAGUGUGGUUAUCCCUGAACUCAGAAAGGGAGUCAAUUAUGAAAUUAAGGCCCGCCCUUUCUUUAAUGAAUUUCAGGGAGCAGACAGUGAAAUUAAGUUUGCCAAAACCCUGGAAGAAGCACCCAGUGCCCCACCCCAAAGUGUAACGGUGUCAAAGAAUGAUGGAAAUGGGACUGCAAUUCUUGUUACUUGGCAGCCACCUCCAGAAGACACUCAAAAUGGAAUGGUCCAAGAGUACAAGGUUUGGUGUCUGGGCAAUGAAACCCGAUACCAUAUAAACAAGUCGGUGGAUGGUUCCACCUUUUCUGUGGUCAUUCCGUCUCUGGUUCCAGGGAUCCGAUAUAGUGUGGAAGUGGCAGCCAGCACAGGAGCUGGGCCUGGGGUGAAGAGCGAGCCACAGUUCAUCCAGUUAGAUUCUCAUGGAAACCCUGUAUCACCUGAGGAUCAAGUCAGCCUCGCUCAGCAGAUUUCAGAUGUUGUGAAGCAGCCGGCCUUCAUAGCAGGUAUCGGGGCGGCCUGUUGGAUCAUCCUUAUGGUCUUUAGCAUCUGGCUUUAUCGACACCGGAAGAAGAGGAACGGACUUACUAGUACUUACGCGGGUAUCAGAAAAGUAACUUAUCAGAGAGGAGGCGAAGCUGUGAGCAGUGGAGGGAGACCAGGACUUCUCAACAUCAGUGAACCCGCUGCGCAGCCCUGGCUGGCAGACACGUGGCCUAAUACUGGCAACAAUCACAACGACUGCUCCAUCAAUUGCUGCACAGCAGGCAACGGGAACAGCGAUAGCAACCUGACGACCUACAGUCGGCCAGCUGAUUGUAUAGCAAAUUAUAACAACCAACUGGAUAACAAACAAACAAAUCUGAUGCUCCCUGAGUCAAGUGUUUAUGGUGAUGUGGACCUUAGUAACAAAAUCAAUGAGAUGAAAACCUUCAAUAGCCCAAAUCUGAAGGACGGGCGUUUUGUCAAUCCAUCAGGGCAGCCCACUCCUUAUGCCACCACGCAGCUCAUCCAGUCCAACCUCAGCAAUAACAUGAACAAUGGCAGUGGGGAUUCGAGCGAGAAGCACUGGAAACCGUCCGGACAGCAGAAACAAGAAGUGGCACCAAUUCAAUAUAACAUCAUGGAGCAAAACAAAUUGAAUAAAGAUUAUCGAGCAAAUGACACCAUUCCUCCAACUAUCCCAUACAACCAGGCAUAUGACCAGAAUACAGGAGGGUCUUACAACAGUUCAGACCGAGGCAGUAGUACCUCUGGGAGUCAAGGGCACAAGAAAGGGGCAAGGACACCCAAAGUACCAAAACAGGGUGGCAUGAACUGGGCAGACCUGCUCCCACCUCCCCCAGUGCAUCCUCCUCCACAUAGCAAUAGUGAAGAGUACAACGUAUCUGUGGAUGAAAGUUAUGACCAAGAAAUGCCAUGCCCUGUGCCACCAGCAAGGAUGUAUUUGCAACAAGAUGAACUAGAAGAGGAGGAAGAUGAACGUGGCCCCACACCCCCAGUGAGAGGAGCAGCUUCUUCUCCAGCGGCCGUGUCCUAUAGCCAUCAGUCCACUGCCACUCUGACACCCUCCCCACAGGAAGAACUCCAGCCCAUGUUACAGGACUGCCCAGAGGAGAUUGGCCACAUGCAGCACCAGCCCGACCGGAGACGGCAGCCCGUGAGCCCUCCUCCACCCCCUCGGCCAAUUUCCCCACCGCAUACCUACGGCUACAUUUCAGGACCCCUUGUCUCAGAUAUGGAUACGGAUGCGCCAGAAGAGGAAGAAGACGAAGCCGACAUGGAAGUAGCCAAGAUGCAAACCAGAAGGCUUUUGUUACGUGGGCUUGAGCAGACCCCUGCCUCCAGUGUCGGGGACCUAGAGAGCUCUGUCACCGGGUCCAUGAUCAAUGGCUGGGGCUCAGCCUCAGAGGAGGACAACAUUUCAAGUGGACGCUCCAGUGUUAGCUCUUCUGAUGGCUCCUUCUUCACCGAUGCUGAUUUUGCCCAGGCAGUCGCAGCAGCAGCCGAGUAUGCAGGUCUGAAAGUGGCACGACGUCAAAUGCAGGACGCUGCCGGCCGCCGACAUUUUCACUCAUCUCAGUGCCCUAGACCCACAAGUCCUGUAUCUACGGACAGCAACAUGAGCGCUGCUGUAAUGCAGAAGGCCAGACCAGCCAAGAAACAAAAGCACCAGCCAGGACAUCUGCGCAGAGAGGCUUACACAGAUGAUCUUCCACCCCCUCCGGUGCCACCACCUGCUAUAAAAUCACCCACUGUUCAAUCCAAGGCACAACUGGAGGUGCGGCCUGUAAUGGUGCCAAAACUCCCUCCUGUAGAAGCAAGAACAGACAGGUCAUCAGAUCGAAAAGGAGGCAGCUACAAGGGGAGAGAAGUAUUGGAUGGAAGACAAGUUGCUGACAUGCGAACAAAUCCAGGUGAUCUUAGAGAAGCACAAGAACAGCAAAAUGAUGGGAAAGGACGAGGAAACAAGGCAGCAAAACGAGACCUUCCACCAGCAAAGACUCAUCUCAUCCAAGAGGAUAUCCUACCCUACUGUAGACCUACUUUUCCAACAUCAAAUAAUCCCAGAGAUCCCAGUUCCUCAAGCUCAAUGUCAUCUAGAGGAUCAGGAAGCAGACAAAGAGAACAAGCAAAUGUAGGUCGAAGAAACAUUGCAGAAAUGCAAGUUCUCGGAGGUUAUGAAAGAGGAGAAGAUAAUAAUGAAGAACUAGAGGAAACUGAAAGCUGAAGACAACCACAGAGGCUUGCGAAAUCUAAUGUGAAAAUGAUCACUCAAGAUGCCUCUUGUCUGAUGACACGUGAUGCCAGAUAAAAUGUUCAGUGCAAUCCGAGUGUACAAAUUGUCGUUUUUAUUCCUCUUAUUGGUAUACCCUUUUUAAAGAUUUUAUUGGGGUUUUAUUGUUGUUGUUUGCUCCCUGUCCCUAAAGAACCUCCCUAACCCUCCCUUGCUGUUGGAACACACCAUCAUUCCUUACUGCCAGCAAGGGAAGUUUUUUGAUUCUAUGCUUCAGUCAUUGGCCAGCAGGAGAGAACAAAACAGUUCUUUUGCAUUUUGCCCCUGAGAUAUGGCAUUGCACUGCUUAGAUACUUUACAGCAAAAUAUUGAUCAAAGACACAAAGUUGAUCAAUCAACCUCAUGCCAAGGGCUCUUAAAGUAUAAUCUUUCUAUAACCAAGUGCUAAAGCAAAUUAAAACAUGCUUCAUUUUUAACAUGAUUUUUAAAAAAAAAAAAAAUUGCUCUUUCCUACCACCCUUUGCUGGGAAAAGCUAAAAAACACAGCAAACGCAGAACCACCACCACCGAUUUUAACGGGGUAGAACACAUUGUAAAUAUAUACUCCUUGCAGACCCCGGUGGUACUUUAUUUUGUGUUCAUUUCACUCAUUGAAGUGUAUUCUUAUUGGAAAUGUACUUUUGCAUAAGUAGGGGUAAGCCAGUUGGAUCUCUGGUUAUCUAGUCAUUGUCAUAAGUAAGCUUAGCAAAAACUUUGCUCUAUUUUUCAAUCAAAAAGCAAUUAUAAAUGCGUAUUACAAGCAAAUGGAUGUUUUUAAUGCCCAAUUGAAUAAGGACAUCCCUAUCUUAACUGGCCCAAAUUUCUUCUGGUAGUGUCAGUUCACCUUUCAGAAGUGCCGCUUAAGGAAGUUUCUUUGAUUUUUGUUUUUGUAAUGCACUGUUUUUAAUCUUUUUUUUUUUUAUUUUUUGGUUUUAAAAGCACAAUCACUAAACUUUAUUUGUAAACCAUUGUAACUAUUAACCUUUUUUGUCUUAUUGAAAAAAUGUUGAGAAGCGUUUUUAACCUGUUUUGUUAAUGCUGUAUGUUUGUAUUUGGAAUAUUUGAAUGAUGACAGAUGGUGAAGUAACGUGCAUACUUAUUGUGGUCCAUAACCCGAACGGUUCUUACUUUUCCUGGACUUAAAGGAAAAAAAAAAAAAGUUCAAGUUUGUUUUGGCCGAAGUCAAACUUACAAGAUUGUCUUAGAAGUGCAAAUAGAGGCAUUACUUGCUUUGAAUUGCCAAAUGAUACCCUCUGACUGUAGAUUUUUAUGAUCCGUUUUUUUUGUCAUUAUAUAAAUUUCAUUGACUUUAUAAUUGGUGCUAUUUGAAGAAAAAAAAUGUACAUUUAUUCAUACACAGAUAUGAGGCCUGGCCCCACUGGAAAACAAAGCCAAACAAAACUGAACCACAAAAAAAAAAGGCUGGUGUUCACCAAAAACUAAAUGUGUUCAUUUAGAUAAUUUGAAAAAGUUACAUAGAAAAGCUGUUCAGUACUAAGGGAACAAUCCAUGUGAUUAAUGUUUUCAUUAUGUUCAUGUAAGAAGCCUCUUAUUUUUAGCCAUAAUUUUGCAUACUGAGAAUCCAAUAAUCAGAAAAGUAAUUUUGUCACAUUAUUUAUUAAAAAUGUUCUCAUUCUUC